AUGAGUGAAUCAGGAUCUAAUCAAAAAGCUUCUUUACUAUCAAAUCCGUUCAUGAAUAACAAUAACACAACCAUGACAACAUCGGAUACUAUUCAACCAAGGCGACGCAUAGCUCAAGAUUAUUCACUCCUCUGGUUAGAUGAGUCUAUGGAAGAAGCAAACAAAGAUUAUCAAGAUAUUUGGACCCAAUUAAAAACCCUUACUGACAAUGUUAACGUCUUUACGCAGCGAGAUGUAUGCAUCGACUAUCUUACAGAUGCUCAAGAAGAAGUCAAGUAUUUUCUCAUUGUCAAGGACACUAUGUGUCAACAAAUAAUGCCCCUCAUCAAUGAUAUUCCUCAGCUGCAUGGUAUUUAUAUCUCAAAUGAUACUAAAAUCCUACCUGAAGAAUGGACAAAAAAAUGGCAAAAAAUCAAGAACGUUCAUGCUAACAUCGAUAAUUUAUGCCAAGGACUACAGCUGGGUAUUAAACAAUACCAUCAAGACUCCAUAGCUAUGAGUUUUAUCACUCCAAAUGAAAUGACUUCCACUGAUAAUUUAAAUCAGUUGGAGCCAACAUUUAUGUACACCCAAAUAUUCAAAGAUAUUCUUCUUGAUAUGCAACAUAGUCAACAAGACAUCAGCCAGUUUAUAGCUUAUUGUCGACAUCAUGGCUGCGUGUCACCAAUCAAUAUUGACCGUUUUGAGAAAGAAUACCAUGAUCAAUUAGCUAUUUGGUGGUAUACUUUUCCAUCGAAUAUCUAUUCUAUGCUCAAUUACGGUCUUCGAACAUUGGACGCUGAUGCAAUUGUUACUAUGGGUUUCUUUAUAUGUCAUUUGCAUCAACAAAUACAACAGUUGCACGAACAACAGGUCAACAGUUAUGGAAGAAAACCUUUUGUAGUCUAUCGAGGACAAGGUCUUAUGAAAUCAGACUUUGAAAAACUUCAGAAAACAAAAGGUGGACUCUUAUCAUUUAACAAUUUCUUGUCCACCAGUACGAACAAAGAAGUGUCCCUCGGUUUUGCUCAAUGUGCUUCAACAAAACUAGAUACGACGGGCAUUCUCUUUAUAAUGUCCAUUGAUCCUAGCAUUCAAUCAGCACCAUUUGCCUCCAUCAAAGAGGAAAGUUAUUUUAAGGAAGAAGAUGAAAUUCUUUUUUCAAUGCACACAGUCUUUCGAGUGAAUGCAAUUCAACACACGAAUAAUAACAACCAACUUUAUCAAGUUAACUUAGAAUUAACAUCGGAUGAUGAUCAACAAUUACGAUUACUUACUGAUCGAAUACGACAAGAAGCUGUUGGUGAUAGUGGAUGGGAGAGAUUAGGCAGAUUAUUGCUUAAAAUUGGUCAAUUUAAUAAAGCUGAAGAACUUUACAACGUAUUACUCGAACAGACAUCUAAUGAAGGUAAAAAAGCACUUUAUUAUAAUCAGCUGGGAUCUGUCCAUUACAAUCAAGGUGAUUAUCAAAAGGCUAUUCAGUAUUUAGAACAAAAACUUGAAACUGAACAAAAAACUCUUCCUUCAAAUCAUCUUCAUUUUGCAACUUCUUACGCCAACAUUGGUACUGUGUACAUGGAGAUGAGAGAGUACUCAAAAGCACUUUCAUUUUUGGAAAAAGCGCUUGAUAUUCAACAAAAAGCUCUGCCUUCAAAUCAUCCUAAUUUGGCUGUUGCAAACAACAACAUUGCUGGUGUGUAUGACUCCAGGGGAGAGUACUCGAAAGCGCUUUCAUUUUAUAAAAAAGCACUUGAAAUUCAACAAAAAACUCUUUCUUCAUAUCAUCCUGCUCUGGCUACUUCAUACAAUAACAUCGGUAUGCCGUAUAACAACAUGCGAGAGUACUCGAAGGCGCUUUCAUUUUUCGAAAAAGCACUUGAAAUUCGACAAAAAACUCUUCCUUCAAACCAUCCCGAUCUGGCUGGUUCAUACAACAACAUUGGUCUGGUAUAUCACAACACAGAAGAGUACAUGAGAGCACUUUCAUUUUUCGAAAAGGCACUUGAAAUUCGAGAAAAAACUCUUCCUUCAAACCAUCCCGAUUUGGCUUCUUCAUACAACAACAUCGGCAGUGUAUACAACAAGAUGAGAGAGUACUCAAAAGCAGUUUCAUCUUACGAAAAAGCACUUGACGUUGAAGACAAAACUCUUCCUCCAAAUCAUCCUGAUCUGGCUAGUUCAUACAACAAUAUCGGUAUGCUGUAUAACGACAUAGCAGAAUACUCGAAAGCACUUUCAUUUCUCGAAAAAGCACUUGAAAUCUAUCAAAAAAUUCAUCCUUCAAAUAAUCCUGAUUUGGCUACUUUAUCCAACAACAUCGGUAGUGUGUAUAACAAGAUGGAAGAGUAUUCAAAAGCAAUUCCAUUUCUCGAAAAAGCACUUGAAGUCUAUCAGAAAAUUCAUCCUUCAAAUCAUCCUCAUUUGGGUACUAUAUGCAACAAUAUCGGUAGUGUGUAUGACAAGAUGGGAGAGUACUCAAAAGCACUUUCGUUUUUGGAAAAAGCACUUGAAAUUCAAGAGGAAACUCUUCCUUCAAAUCAUUGUGAUUUGGCGACUUCAUACAACAACAUAGCACUUGAAAUUCGAAAAGAAACUGUUCCUUCAAAUCAUCCUGAUUUGGCUAGUUCGUACAACAACAUCGGCAGUGUGUAUAACUGCAAGGGAGAGUACUCGAAAGCGCUUUCAUUUUUCGAAAAAGACCUUGAAAUCUGUCAAAAAACUCUUGCUGAAGAUCAUCCUGAUUUGGCUGCUUUAUACAACAACAUCGGUAUGCUGUAUAUUAACAUGCGAGAGUACUCGAAAGCACUUUCGUUUUUGGAAAAAGCACUUGAGAUUUGUCAAAAAUCUCUUCCUUCAACGCAUCCUGAUUUGGCUACAUCAUACAACAACAUCGGUUCGGUGUGUGAUAAUAUGAAAGACUAUUCAAAAGCACUAUCAUAUUUUGAACGUGCUUUGGACAUAUUCCAACGUGUAUUACCUUCAACUCAUUCUUAUAUAAAAAGUGUGAAAAGGAGCAUUGAAAGUGUAAAAAAAGAAAUUAUAGAGAAUAUUCAAUAA